AAGAAGAAGCGGACGUUAACAGGAAGUGCUUGUGUGUUUGGGGACGUCAACACUUUUCCUCGAGCACCUCUGAUCGUUUCCAGAGAGUUUGUGGACAGAUUGGGCUUCAUGUUUGAUGAUGAUAAUGGCAGUAGCAGCAAGCAAUGAGAGUCCUAACAGAAACACUGAAGAUAAAACAUCCGCCCGAAGACAGAAUGAAGUCAACAAGAAGUUGAAGUACAUCAGUUUGGCGAUUCUGGUGAUCCAGAAUGCAUCGCUCAUCCUCAGCAUCCGUUACGUGCGAACGUUGCCAGGAGAACAUUUCUACACCACAUCAGCCGUGGUGAUGGCAGAAGUUCUUAAAGUCCUCACCUGUCUGGUCAUCAUCCUGAUACAGAAGAGAGGUAAUGUGAAGUCCUUUGUAUCGUUGUUGUAUGACUCUCUAGUCGUACAGUAUUUGGACACACUGAAGUUAGCAGUUCCGUCACUCAUCUACACUUUACAGAACAACCUGCAGUAUGUGGCCAUUUCUAAUUUACCAGCAGCCACUUUCCAGGUCACAUAUCAGCUGAAGAUCUUGACCACAGCGUUGUUUUCAGUGCUCAUGCUGCGCAAGAGUCUGUCUAAAAUCCAGUGGAUCUCUCUAGUGCUGCUGUUCGCCGGUGUAGCGAUCGUCCAGGUGGAGCAGGAGGGUGGAAAACAGAAGGAGGCUGUGACCAGCGCCAACCAGAACUACUUCAAGGGCCUGGUGUCCGUGAUAAUUUCUUGCUUAUCCUCCGGGUUUGCCGGCGUUUACUUCGAGAAGAUCUUGAAGGGCAGCUCGGCCUCGGUGUGGAUGAGAAACAUCCAGCUCGGGAUCUUCGGGACAGUUUUGGGUCUCCUCGGCAUGUGGUGGAACGACGGCGCCGCCAUUGCUGAGAAAGGCUUCCUGUUUGGCUACACGCCCAUGGUGUGGGGCGUCAUCUUCAACCAGGCCUUCGGCGGCCUCCUGGUAGCUGUUGUCGUAAAAUACGCGGACAACAUUCUCAAAGGCUUCGCCACCUCUUUUUCCAUCAUCGUGUCCACGAUCACUUCCGUCUACCUCUUCGGCUUCCACGUGGACCUGAUCUUCACGCUGGGCGCAGGAUUGGUCAUCGGAGCCGUCUACAUGUACAGUCUCCCCAAACCGAACUCCAGCACUUCCAGCACCAGCACAUCUUCAUCUAGUCACAGCAAAGGAGGAGACUCGGAGCUGGAUGCUUUCCUCCCAAAACAGCUCAAUCUUGGGGAAGAAGAUGUGAACAUAAUUGCCAGGAUAGUGCUGAGCAGAGGAACAUUUUGGGCUGAAUUGACUUGAAAACUAAUGGGUGAAUCUCACAAAACGUCUACUUCAAAAUCAAGAAUCAAGAGAAAAAAAUCGAAUCCUAAUAAGUACCAAUACAAAUGUUUGCAUUGUGAAAUUUAAGCACAUUUAACUCCCAAAUUUGUAUUAAUGCAAUGCAAUACAAAAAAAAUUAUCCUGUCUGGAUACAAAGUUUUUUUUUGUUUUUUUUUUGUUUUUUUUUAACAACACAAAUUGAAUUCAGUACAACAUAUACUACCAUGAUACAUGAAUACUUUUGAAAUUGAAAUAAUAUAUAUUUUUUACUUAAAAACAAGAAGAAUUAAAUUCAAUACAACACCUACUACAAAUAAAAUACUAAAAUGACAAAUAAAUUCUCUUACAUUUAAAUAAAAUAUAAUUUUUUAUAUUUUAUGGCAUUAAGAAUUUAGGAAAAGAAUGUGCUUAUUUGUGUUGAAAAUAAUGCAAAAAGUCACAAUGCAAAAACCGUAAUGGUCCACAAA